AGUUCUCUUCUCUCUCUCUCUCUCUCUCUCUCUCUCCCUCUGUGUCUCUUUCUUACACACUUACUCUUUCCCCCUUGGACGGGCAGGAAGGUGAUCUCGUCGGUCUCGUAGGCGUAGCGUCAAAUCGAUACGCACGUAGUGUGUUGUUUCCUUCGUAGCGCGAAAAUGUCAGCGAGUCGAUCGCUUUUCACGGGCAAACGAAGAAUAAGCCGAAGUAUGUCGACGUCGUCGUACCAUCGCGUUACGAUAUAAAAACUUGGAAGUUUUGCUAAAGUAGUUGUUAACAAAGAGAGAAAAGAGCUUUUUUCUCUUUCUCUUUAUCUCUCUCUCUCUCUCUGUCUCUCUCUCUCUCUCUCUCUUUUUCUCUCUCGUAUUCGUAUAUCAUCCGUAAAUUAUCGGCAUCCUAACUACUCUUUUAUAAAUUAAUUCCUGAAAAAGACAAGGUGUAAAAAAAAGGACAGUGUCAAGACAAGUGCUCAAACGAGAAAACAUAGAAAAGGACGACAUAUAAAAAAAAGGAAAAAUUGUUUAAACAAAAAGAAGGAAAAACUGAGUUUAAAAACGAAAAAGAAGAAUGUAAGAUAAUUUUUAACUCGAUUAGUAGAAAAAGUUUUUGUCCUUGCACAACAGGGAUGCCUUGAGGUAGGACAAUGAUCGGACGGAGGACGACCUUCGAAAUAUCAGUAAGGAACUUUCUUUCGCGUAAUAAUGUAACGUAAUUUUUCGAAAGAUUAAAGUAUAAUAUUCGAGUCACUCGUUUUAUCGAACCAUCAUUUUGUAUUGCUUUUCUUUCUUUCUUUUUUCUUUCUUUUGUCUUUUUUUUUCGUUACACGUAAGAAAUAUCAAAAAUAUUCGAAUUCGAAGAAGAAAUAUGAAUGUGAAUGUAAAUUACACAAGAUACAAUGAGCGAUUUUGUAGAAUUGUAGUUAGAAAUAAGGGUGGGUUAUCGUGUUCGGUCCAUUAGGCGAUUAGAAGGAAGAGAAUUCGCGUUGGAGUUAAGUUUUAUUGUCGAUCGAUAAAAAGGAGUGUGUGUGAAGGAUCGAAGUGUUAUACGAAGUCAGUGGAAUUAAUCAACGAUAGAGUCGUACACGCUUCUGUUUUGUGAGAGAGAUAGUGUCCAAAAGGAAGAAGACAAAAGAGAAAAAGAGAGAGAAAGAAAAGAAAUCUGUGACGUGUCGGUGCCGGUUUCCGCGAAGACGACUUUUUAUUAACCAGGCAUUCACCGAGGAGGGAGAGACGGACACAUUUGCCGGGUCAUUACUAGCUUUAAGAAAAGAGGAUGAGUUGUGGCAGUAAUGCCCCCAUCGGAGGAGGAAAGCCAGUGGCUCGUUGGCAGCGGGGGUGGUGUAACAUCCUCCUCUGGUGGUGUGACGAUAACCGGGACUGGAGAUCGUUCCUUGAAUAUUAGGGGUGGCCUUUAUACCGAAGAAAUGACGACACAAACAGCUAAUUCGGCCAAUGCCAACGCGAACGCCCCCUCGGCCGAUUCCGCCGAGCAUGAUUUGAUCGACUCAACGGCGGAUGCUACGCUCCUUGCACAAUUUCAUGAGGAUGCGAUAAAGCAGGCUGGCGUUGGUUACUUCCAAUUAUUAGCAACAUUGUGUACAGGUCUAAGUUUAGCUGCUGAUACCGUUGAAUUUUUUGUUGUCCCAUAUAUAUUACCUAGUGCUGAAGUUGAAUUAUGCAUUGAAGACAAUGAAAAAGGAUGGCUUGGUAAUAUCACUCUCAUGGGUCUUGCAUUGGGAGGAUUAUUUUGGGGAGGUCUUGGAGAUAGAAUUGGAAGGCAUAGAUCAUUAUUAUCAGCCAUGUCAGUACAUGCUUUAUUCAGUGGUGUAGCUACAUUUAUGCCAACAUAUGGUACUUUUAUGACAGCAAGAUUCUGUUCCGCAAUUGGAGUGGGAGGAUCUGUUCCCUUAGCAUUUGCAUACCUCGCAGAAUGUUGUCCAAGACUAAGCAGAGGCCGAUGGACUGGCAUACUUGUAGCAGCAGGAGCAUUAGGUGGCGUAUAUGCAGCUCUCCUGGCAUGGACAAUUGUACCAACAACUGGAGAGAUGGUUGUUCUGGAAAACAAAGAACACUUUAGUGCCUGGCAUCGUUUUCUGUUAUUAUGUUGUUUACCUGCAUUAUGUUCCACUAUUGGACUCAUCUUUCUGCCAGAAAGUCCAAGAUAUCUUGUUGAGGCAGGAAGAGACGUUGAAGCUAUGAUGGUUUAUCAGAGAAUAUAUAAAAAGAAUAAUGCAAGAAAAGGGGCUGCAGGUGCACAAUAUCAACUCUCUGAACUAGAACUUCCAACUAAACGACCACGUGGUUUGGCACCUCCAUCACCUAGUACUCAUACUAGUGUUUUGGCAGAUAUAAUGUACUCAGUUGAAAUGUUUUGGAGUUCCUUUCUGGAAUUAUUUGCAGCACCACAUUUACGUGUAACUUUAGUGCUUUUACUUAUUUGGUCAACUGCAUCAUUUGGUUUAUAUGGUCUUAUGGUAUGGUGUCCAGAAUAUCUUAAACUUCUAAGAGCUACAGAGUAUGAAGCUCAUACUGUACAAGUUGUUGGGAAAAAUUAUAGUAAUAACAUAUUUAGUGGUUCUAUGGAAAAUUGUCAAUAUAAAGAUUCAACAUUUUCAUACUGCAAGUUUACAAAAAUGGUACUCAGUCAUGUUGACUUUGACAAUUGUACUUUUCAGUUUGUAGAAUUUAGCAGCAUAAAAUCUAGUAAAACCCAUUUUACAGACAGUAUUAUUGCGCAUUCAAAAUUUGUAGAUACAGAUUUAUCAUCCCAAGCUUUCACAAGAUGUAAAUUGCAUAACAACACAAAGCUGAGCCUUAGUGGUCCAUGUCCAACUCUUGAUCUUGAUUAUAAUAUUUAUAUUGAAGAAGCAUUACAUGGUCAUCUGGUUGCUCAACUGGCUUUUGUACCUGCAGCUACAUUAGCGGGACUUGCACUUACAGUUUUACAACGACCAAAAAUGAUAGGGAUCUCUUUAUUUUUCUCCUCUGUUGCGGCACUCUGCCUAAUACUCGUUGGUACAAAUAGUUCUGCAGUUUUAGGAUUUGAAGGAGGAUUUAUAGCAGUUUUUGCAAUUGCCUGGACAUCACUUACUUUGGUUACAGUUGAGAGCUUUCCUACACAUUUAAGAUGCACUGGCUUUGGCUUUAUUGCAGCCGUCAUAAGAAUAUCAGGUCUCAUAGGGACUAUAACUUAUCAAACAUUAAUUGGUGCACCUUUAGUUGCACCAGCAUUGCUUACUGCUUCGACAUUGCUCAUAGCUAGUAUAACAACUUUGGAUUUGCCUCACACUCAUUCGGUAUUUUUAUAAAUACCACACAGUUAAAUACAACAUAAAAGAUAGAAUAAUAAAUAGAAAUAGAAUAUAUAAAGAGGAGUUAUAAGUGCAAUGCAUUGGUACUUGUGAUCAUUAGUAUCAACACUUGGUAUUAAAGUAAAAACAAUUUUUGACAUAUACCAUGAUGAUGUAAUAUUUAUUUUAUUGAAAUUUAAAGAUAUAGUAAUGAAAACAUGGAGAAGAUAAUUUAAACAGUGUGGAGCAUUGAAAAACACUUGGUAAAAAAAUUGAUUUUUACAAAAUCGAUUAUAUGACAAGAAAAAGAUACUUCUUUCUUUGUUAUCCAGAUUUCGUACAAAGUGACAUAUCUUAAAGCUAUAACGAAGUGUGUGAAUGUUGUAUAUGCAAAUGUUUGAAGAACCAAAGCGCACAGAGAAUUAACGGAAAUUUUUGAACGAUAGUGAAAAGAUUUUCUGUGGAGUAAAGUGUGUGUGUACUGUAUGUAUGUGCAUUCAAGAAAUCAAUGAAACUUUCAAUAUUGGAAAGUGUAAAGAAGAUAGAAGUUUAAAUACAGAAAAGUUACAAAUCCAAGUGACAUAAGGAAAUUAUCAUAAAGAGUUGGAAGUUAAUAGCAGUCCUUAAGAAAAUAUUAAGGUAAAUUUUCCAUAGCUCAAUGAUGUAUAAAAUUAUACUAUUUACAGGCAUGUAUUGACAGAAGUGUUCUAUUAAGACAUUCCUUGCAAAAUGUGUCAAUUCUAAUGGAUACAAUUAAUUGAGCAUUAAAAGAUAACAUUUCACUGAGUUAGAAAAGAAAAAGGGAGAAAUAAUAAGUCACUAAAUACUGAAUAUUACGAUAUAUUACAGAAUAUGUCUAAAUGCAUAUAAGAUGAUUAAGUAAUGUUUAAUUUCACUAGUCAAACAAACAAAAUUGUACAAUAUUGGAAAUUUUGCAGUGCUUCAUUGGUGCAAAGUAUAUAAAUGAAAAGACAAACUCUGAUAUUUGCAUGAAAAUUUUUUCAUAUUUGUCAUAUGAAAAAUGGGUAGAUUUCUUUUUUCUUCUAUUUGUUUUGAAAACUGUUAUUUCUAGUAUGCCAAAAGAGUUGUAUGAUGGAAGGUUAUCAUUGAAUAGAAAUUUGCAUACAGCAAAGUUCUCCAUGAAGAAUAUAAAGUGUAUAUCCAGUACUUCCGCUUCAUAUCGAUUACUAGUUCAUAGUAGCUAUGUAAGCAAAAGAUUAGUAAAAAGUAAUCAAGAGGCAUUAUCAAUAUAAUAUAAACGCUGCCGCAUAAAUCUUAAAUUUUUAGCUAAAGAUUUCAGUCAUCAGCAUUGUUAGUAUAAAUCCAAGAGAUUAUUGCCUCUAGUCAAUUUAAUUCUUAUUGAAAACAAUGAUGUGUUAAAUAAUGAAAUGUCUAAUUGUCCAAUAUGUAACACGUGUAGUAGAAUGUUUUUUUCGGAAUAUAUAAAAAUUAUAUAUCAACAAAUACUCUAUAAUAGAGUCACGAUAAUUACUUUUCUAGUUAUUUGUAUUUUGCAAUCUCCAUAAUCAAUUGGCAUGAAAUAUAAGAAAGACAAACAAAAGAAAAGAAGGUUCCUUGAAAACAGUACACAUUAUUUCUAUACUAUAAGAAUAUCAGCCUGUCAAGAACAAAAUAACAAUACUCUAUUAGGUGUGAGGACUUAAAAUAUUUCAUCGAAUAUUUGGAGAAUUUUAUUGAGACAAAGAAAACUAGACAUUUACGUCCCAUUAUGGUUAGUGAAUUUUUUCAUAUCAAAUUGUUGUCUUGUAAUUUAUGCGAGAUUAUCACUGGGCCAGGUUUAUCAAGUGGUAUUGUCAUGAUAUGGAAAUGAAUAUUUAAUAGGAUAAAUAUUUAAACAUUCCAUUUUACUCUUGGAAUAUCAUUUUCAAAAUUACAUUAUUCCUUUGAUCAAGAAAUUCAUUUUUAUUUACAUAUAUUACUAUUCUAAACCUGGUCGUGAAGCUUGUGCUGUGUAUAUGAAUAUAAUUAAAACAAUUAAUAUUAGCACAAGUAUAGAAAAUAAAAAUAAGAUGUAGAAUUCCUUUUAAUUGGCACUUUUCAUGUUAUUAAAUCAAUGCUGUAUCAUUGAAAUUUAUCAUUGCCUAUAGAAUAAUAUAGUUUGAUUGACAUAUCAUACUUAUGUGCUAGCACUAUAGAUUAGAUUUUCAAUUAGGCUGCAAAUCAGAAUGCAUAGAAGUACAUACCAGUAAUUACAUGGCAUAAAUUUUUGAAUUUAUUACAUAAACUUCAAAUAAAUUUACUGGUGUGAUAUCUCCUAAAUUUACAUUUUAGAUAUUUUUUUUUAAUAAGAUUAGUUAUAAUACAUAUAUAUUCUUUUUUUUACACAGUCAGAUUAUCAACUGAUUGAUAUGUUGUAUCAAUUAAUAUUUAUUAAAUGUUUUAAUUUGUUAAAAAGGUUAAAUAAUUUGUUAAUGUUAACAGCAAUUAAAUAAGAGGAAGAGCCAUAAAUUGUACAAAUCAUAGCAAAUAACUUAAUAACAUAUUAUUUACAUUGCUUACAUUAUUACAUGUGCAGUAAUAGAUUUAUGUUGAAAAUAUCCAUACUCUGUUAUUCUAAUCAUAAUAACUCGUAUAAAUGCAUUUAUGUCAAUAUAGCUAUUUAAAAUAGACUGAAAAAUCAGGAUCAGUUGAUAAUCACUGUGUGUUGCGAAGAGACUGUACUUUAAAGUUUAUAAUAGUUAAUAAAUAUAAAUUAAGAUUUCGCGUACAUACCUAGGUCAUAAUAGCAGUGUAAGUAAACCAAAAAUGCUGUUUUUAAAAAUUUGAUCCUGCUUGCAUUAUCUGUUGAAUAAUAUUUAGACAAGUAUUUUACGAUAUUCAUUUAUUACAUAAAGUUUAUCAUAUUUAAUUGCAAUACAUUAAUCGAAUAAUAGAAUUUGUAACAUUUGUUCUAUUACAACGAGAUUAGUAGAUUAUUGAUAAAAAAUUUUCCAAUGUUAACGAAAAAUUUUGUAAAUAACAACGCAAUCAAAUUUUUAAAUUCGAUAAAUUAAAAACGCAUUAUAAUAGAAGAUGCAAGUAUAUUCGGCGGAUCAUGCAAUCAGUAUUUAAUCAAAUUAUGAAUUUAUUUGUUUGAUAAUUAUUAAUUAUCUAUUAUUUUAAAAAUACUUUAUUAAAUAAUUUUAUAUGGUUUUAAUGAAAAUGAUAAUAUGCGUUGUUAAUUAAUAUUUUGUACUUGUUGCUUCUAUGAAAGUGUAACUUUCGACAUUGUAAUCUUUUGGUCAUAUUUAUAAUGAGCUCUCAAAUUAUACUCAUGUAUUUCUGUUAACAAUUAAAGUAUCGUCGAUUAAAUUUUCAAAUAAUUUUAAAAAAACAUAGAAUUUACAUACCUAUAUAAAUUUAAACAGUCAGCUUAUAUUUCUACAACCAAGUAAUUUCUUUCAAUUGAAAAAAAACGUAGCAAUAAGAUCAAUUUUUUUUGCAGAAAUCAGUAUAGAUUAUUGAAAAAAAAUUGAACGGAAUGGAGUUAAAAACAAGUGAAAUCGAUUGUCUUGCUAUUUGUUUUUUCUUAAACAAUCGCACAAUUGCUAUUCUGCAUUCAUUCUAUAUAUAUAUACAUACACAUACAUACAUGCAUAUAUAUAUAUAUAUAUAUGUGUAUACGUGUAUAUCAUACCUCAUAUAUAUACAUAUAUAUAAUAUUUUGAAACAAAACAAUUUAAUUACAAUACAUCGAUCGCUUUUAAAAGAGUAAUGGUAUUUUAAUUGGCUAUUAAAUAGCUUAACGCUAUUAUAGAAAAUAUCAUUCUUAUAAAUAUGGCAACUAAUUUAUUUAUAAUAUUGUUAAUGUUUACCACCAUUGUGUAUAUAUAGGGUUUUACAAAUGGCGUGACAUUAAUUAUCUUCAAACAUUUAUUUUAUCAACAAAAAAAAAAAGAAAAAAAAAGCAUAUAUAACAUACUUUUAUAUAGUUAAUUAUUUGUAAUAUUUACGGUCUUUAUCAUCGAUAAAAUUCAAUUACACCUUA